GGUGAGUGACGUGCUCUCAGGAUUUCAGGCUCAUUGUGACUGAAUACAUUCUUAGGCCAAUAAUAUGACUAUUUAUGAUGUCAGUGAGAAUGUUCGUAGAUGUAGGGCCACUUUGAACUUGUCACGUUCCCUUGGUUGUCACAGAACCACUUAUAAUCGUAGGUGGAAUAAUAUGAGAGCUGCCUUAAUGAAAAAAUAUGGCUUCCUUUCGUUCAGUAAGUUUGCUAAUGAAAGCACUAUAAAAGAAGUAAAGACGGAAAUCAGUUGUAAUGAAAGUACUUCAACUAAUACACCGUCCACUAGCAACAUCAAUCAAAGGCUUUCAGAUAAUAGUGGAUGUACGGUAGUGAACUUGUGCUCUCAGAAGUUCGUAAAUCGCAAAGAACUGAUCAACUACUUUAUAAUGUAUAUAAUGUCAAAUACAUCUCUGAGCAUACGAGAUGCUGAUCGGGUUCUGUAUGGCCUACGAUUUCUCAUCCCGGACAUACCGAAAAGCAUCAGAGGUGUUUUGAAGACUUGUCCAAGUGUUCAACCAAAGUUCAUCGGCAGUGGGAAUGAUAUCCACCUACAAAGGUGCGACCAACCAGAUGACAAUUGUGCAGUUCUGAAAUGUAAAAUCACUAACGAUUUCGAUUCUCUGCAGUCGGCGAAAGAUGUUUUACUUGCAAUGCAAAUACUGGAAUCACCGUAGAAACACUUCUACGGAUGAGAACAAAUUGCCACAAAACAGUGAGAAGCCCAAGAUGUCAGUACAAUAAUCUUACUAACAAUCCCUAGAAGUGCAAUGAAACGUAAAGAAGAUUUUCUUUACAAUUCAGUCGACAUGGAUGUGGCUGAGAUGCAGGCUGGGAAUAUCCGUGUACAAUAUCCUAAAUUCCGGGUGUUCGACAAAUUCAUAUCGCCAAGUAGGUUUUAUUACUAUUUAGAUAUUCACGAAUUAGUUCGACACAAUUAGAGACAUCACCAUCCACAUCGGAAUCUAAGCAUGUUGGUGGUGCUAAAGCGAACCAAUAAUUUCAAAUAACAAUGAGUUAGCAAUUGCAUUGGAUAUGCAAAACAAUGUAUGCUUAAGCUUCUGCUCUAAUGUUGUACAAUAAUACGCUUUUCCUUUUAAAUAAAUUUUUUCAAAAACAUACCGGUUUUUCACUGCAUUGCAGAUUUAUUUUGGUCUGUUGUUGAAAAUAAAGGCGAACAUAGGAG